CAACAACAGCGGAUUCCGCAGCUUCUCAUCCCAGACAAGGUCCCCGCCUCCUCCCGGCCCCCGAGUUUCCCGCAGACCGGAAAUCCUUUGGCCCCGACUCAGCGGAGCGCUGGGGGUUCGCGCAACGGCAACCGGAAGCUCCUCUGCCCCUACCUUCCGCGCGAGGCGCCCGGGCCGCGCAGACGCAGUGCGGCUCAGGCGGAGCUGUGGGAGGGGAGUAGGUCCGGGGGCCGGUCCCUGAAGAUGGCGGAGGCGGGGGUGAAUUGGGGGUCUCCCGGCGGAGCGCAGGAUCUCUGGUAGGUUCUACGUUCAGCCAAGAUGUGGUACCAUUGAAACAUUGAUCUGCUUCGAUUCACAGACAGUUCACCUUUUCUACUGAGAAGCCUUAUUUUGUUUUAUGGCUUAGGCCUACUGAACUUAUGAAAUCAUGGCAGAAGGAAAGACCGAGUCACCUGGGCCCAGAAAACGUGGCCCAUACAUUUCUUCUGUCACCAGCCAGAGUGUGAACGUGAUGAUCCGAGGGGUGGUGCUCUUCUUCAUUGGAGUGUUCCUUGCCUUAGUGUUGAACUUGCUCCAGAUUCAGAGAAACGUGACACUUUUUCCACCUGAUGUGGUCACGAGCAUCUUCUCAUCUGCAUGGUGGGUACCACCUUGCUGCGGCACAGCCUCAGCUGUGAUUGGGUUAUUGUACCCCUGCAUUGACAGGCAUCUAGGAGAACCACAUAAAUUUAAGAGAGAGUGGUCCAGUGUUAUGCGCUGCGUGGCGGUGUUCGUAGGUAUCAACCAUGCCAGUGCUAAAGUAGACUUCGACAACAACUUCCAAUUUUCCCUCACACUGGCUGCACUGUCAGUAGGACUGUGGUGGACUUUUGACAGAUCUAGAAGUGGUUUUGGCCUUGGUGUUGGAAUCGCUUUCUUAGCAACUGUUGUCACCCAACUGCUAGUCUACAAUGGUGUUUAUCAAUACACGUCUCCAGAUUUUCUCUAUGUCCGUUCUUGGUUGCCAUGUAUAUUUUUUGCUGGAGGCAUAACAAUGGGAAACAUUGGUCGUCAACUGGCAAUGUAUGAAUGUAAAGUUAUUCCUGAAAAAUCUCAUCAAGAAUGAAGAAGACAAAAUCUAUCUUUACUCUAGGAAGCCAUGAGAAAGCGGCGUGUAUAUGAAAGGCACACCAACGAAACCUCGGACUGUAAAAUUGCAAGGAUACAGUUUUUCCUUGAUUGGUGUGUGUGUGUGUGUGUGUGUGUGUGUGUGUGUGUGUGUGUGUGUGUGUGUGUGUGUGUGUAUGGCACACACGUUUCUGCAGUCUGUGAUUGCUUCUGUAAAUCAGUUACCAACCUUUCGGUAUUUGAUUUCAAUAAAUGUAAGAUAUAUGUGCAUUACAUGAAAGAUAUGUUUAUGAGUACAUGAAAUUUCUAAAUUUUUUAAAUAUGCCAUGCAUUGUAUCACAAUGUUGAUGUGCCAAACUAUGCUAUUACUAUCAUAGAGAAUGAGAAUGCUUUGAACAAUUUAGAAAUUUAGUGAAACAGAAGAAGAAAUCUAAAAAAAAACCAAACAGAAAGCAAAUGGGCAGCUGGUAUUUCCCUCUCACUAACUGUCGUGCCUUUUCCUGUUUCUAUUCAGCUGUAUGCAUUAUGAGCAUCCCACAUGUGCUCUGUUUCUGUUGCUGUUGUUUCAGAAAGUUUAAAUCCUAAAUCUGGUAGAUUACAAUGAACUUCCAGAGUGGUGUUAAACCUGAGUUCCUGCAGGGAUCCAAAGAAUACUUUUCUAUUUUGACAGACAUUAUCAGAGAUGUAUGUGAUAUCAGGGGAGGUUAUGAACAUUAAACUGCUUGGAGUCUAAAUUUGGAAAAACAUCAAUAACUAAAAAUUAGGGGAUUUGACUGCAUAAAUGUGUUUGAGGAAUACUAUGUGGCUUUCUCUCUGCCACAGAAACCAAAGUGAUAUUAGUUAUUAUUUGUUACUGAACCCACUGCUUUAGCACAUGGAUGAUUCAGGAACACCAGGCAGAUCACAGAGAAGGUGCUGAACUAUUGGGUUCUAGAAAGCAGGCCAUGCUGGUGGGGCUGAGCCAUGCGACUGACUAGCUCUGGCAGGCCUGAGUUUGUUGCCUUCAUAAGUGCAGUCUGAGGAUGGUGUGUGCUGAUGUCUACUGCUGAAUGGUCCCGUACUUGGAGAAUGAAUCGAGAGAGCACCUCGUAGAGCUUCCAGGCACAUCUCAUUAACAACUCCUGCCAUUUACUUAUGGUUUAAGUAUAUCAGCUGACUUUCUACUUGCUUUGCUUUUCUGAAAUUGUUACUUAUCUGGCACACAAGGGUAAAUUCUUCUGAGUGCUGUGAUGUGCGUGUGCUUAUGUGCUGACCGAGAGAAAAUGUAUACAUAUUUCUGUGUGUGCAUGUGCCCAUGCUUUCCUACAGUGUCAAGUAGAUAUUUUCAGUUUUUUCUUUUAAAGCAAUGCUGAAAUCUUGUACUCCAGGGUGUAAUGUGCUUUGUGUUCUCAGGCUAAGAGUGUGAAGAUCCCAAGAGUACUCCCUCCGUGUGGAAUAUGUGUUCGCAAGCCUAAUGCUAGGUGUGGCGAACACACUAUCAUUUAUUAUUCUGUCUUUCAGAUGUUAUUCAUUUAGAAAAAAUAAGGUAUAUUUUUAGAAUCAAAUUUGUAAACACUAUAAAAUCUUUAAUAAGUUAUAAGGUCUAUGAUAUGUUUACUUUGAAAAUUGCUGUUGAAAGCAAGAUGUAUUAAAUAUGUAAUUAUCAUCA